AUGUCUUCAAUUGAAGGAGAUAGUACAAUUGAACGGAUACAAAGAUUACUUGGUGAUGAAUAUGACAAUUACAAAGAAAGUUUUGAAGCUAUAUACAAAUCUGAUCCACUAAAGAAUCCUCAAAAAUUCUUAAACCAUGUUGAAAAAUACUUAGGUAAAUCAAGUUCAAAAAGUACAUCAAAUCUAAGAGUAGGACCAUCAGCUCGAAAAGUUAUUGAACCUUCAAUUGAGAAUAGUAAGGGAAUAAAAAAUGACUCUGAGAAAAACAUGUGUUUCUAUCUGGCUAAGAGUGUUUGUAUAACUAGUUACUCUGUAGGAACGACUUUUUUAGAUGAAUCUGAAAAUAAUAACAAGGAUAAUAUAGAAAAGAAUAUAGUUUUGGCUAACAUUUAUAAUGAGAACUUGGUAGCGAGGAAAGGCUGUCUAACAGAUAAGAGUUGUACUAAGUACUACAUUGAAAAUCUUGUAGAUUCUAUUACUGAAGAUUGCUUAUGGCUUGAUUCUGAUUUUGAAAUUUACAGUAGGUCUAUAAGCAAAAGAUGCCAGGAUCUUAUUGAGAUGAUAAUAUCUCAAUGUUCAAAUUCAUGGUUAGAUGAAUCAGGUGAAAAAUAUCCUAUUAUCCCAGUAGGAGAAAGUAGAAAACAAAAGGUCGUGACUCUAGGUCAAAUUGCAUGUGAUAAUGAGAGUCAUUUGAAUGAGCAAAGUAUAUUAUUAAUAGGAAGUCGAGAAAGAAGUGGUGGUCAUACUUGUGAACUCAGGAUUAGAAACACUAUUAAAGAUAUCACAUUAUAUCCAGGUCAAAUAGUUGCAGUUAUUGGAAAUUCAGAGAUAAAUGAGUUUGGACAAUAUUGUUUUACUGCUGAUGAAUUUAUUGGGGGUCUGCCUCCACAACCACCUAAGGUAACUUUUAAGGAAUUAUCAAAUUCAACUAAGUUAUAUGCUGCUCAGGGUCAACAUCCUGUUCAAUGUAUUGUAUUUUCUGGGCCUUUCACUAAUAAUAAAUAUCUUGAUUUUUCUUAUUUGACACGUAUAUUAGAUUAUGUAUCUAAGGAAAAGCCUCAUGUUUUGAUUUUAAUGGGCCCAUUUUUAGAUGCAAGAAAUGAAAUAAUAAACAAUGCAGACUUAUAUAAUCAUGAUACGGGAUCAUUUUUAAGUUUUGAAAGCAUAUAUCGAAAUUUAUUUUCUAAUUUAAUAUCUCAAUUUGCAAAGCGUAAUGAGAAAGUUAAAAUUUACAUUAUUCCUUCUGAGUAUGAUAUAGGACAUUCAUAUCCAAUACCUCAGCCUAGUCUAGAGCAGUCUUUGACACAAUUGAAUUUUCCUUCAAAUAUGUAUUGGUUAACAAACCCAUGUCAAAUUUUUAUUAAUGACUUUAAAAUUUAUAUAACAUCUUCAGAUGUAGUGGCUCCAAUGGCUAAUUCAAUGAUUACUAGAAGUGAAUUACCAUUACUUGAUAUAAUUCUUAGCCAAUUUUUAUAUCAAAGAAGUCUAUUCCCUUACCACCCAUCUCAUCAUCCAAUUGAUCCUAGAAAGCUUUCUAGAUUAACUCUUUCUGGAGAAUUACCUCACUUGAUCUUGUCUUCAAAUACUAUGGAAAGACCAUUCGCAAAACCUAUACUAGGAUACUUAUUCCUUAAUUCUGGAAAUGGGAAUAUGAAGACUGGUAUUUCCUUUUUUUUGUAUGCUCCUUCAAAAGAUCAGUUGAUGAGAGCUCAACAAAUAUCUAGGAAUUUGACAGAUGCAUUAGUUCCAAUGUAUACUAGUGAAAGGAUCAGAGUAGAUCUUAUUGAAAUUACUUAG